UGUCGUGACAAAGCAUAAUCGAACAGAUAUGGUUUGUGCAGUUCUACGAACAGUUGUAGAACUUUAUGUGGAUAUGUUUUUGUUCAAAGUAAAACUUGUAACCGUCGGGAAAUACCGGUAGCUAUUUAACUCUGAAACAUAUCUGAGUUAUUUGUUGAUCUUGGGGAACAAUGUGAAAGUUCAAUUCGAAGUUAUAGGAUAUAGACCACAUGUUCAGGAUGUGCGUCGGGACCAUGCAGUUUACUCCUCGAAAUGUACGAUCAUAAGUGUUGAAAUGCACCCACCAUGUGUGAAUUCGUUUAUGUCCAUGCAUAAAUACACGGCGGAACAACAGCUUUGACUUGAGUGGAAUUAGAUUGCAGGAAAAAACAAUGUAAUGUAUUCCACCGACAUCUGUGGACGAGCUUUUCCUGGUUUAGACGGGUUCAUCGCAACGGUGCCAUCACAUGCCACUGGUAACAUGGAUGUACAUGUACUUGCUGCCCCCAUGGGGAUAAAAGUUGCUCGUUACCUUGCCGUAUUUGUGCUCCUGUCUUCUGGAAUCCUAUGCUCCUCUGAGUCGUCGGAAAGCUCCGAGUCGUUGAUGACCGACGGGGGAGCUGCGGCGAUGUGGAGCCAAGUUAUCAAUCCAUUUGAACUAAGCUCCAGUGAUAUGAACGUUUGUAUCAAGACAAGUUUAGAGUUGGCCACUCUUCAUUUGACUGAAACUGAGUUGCUUGACGGGUGUGAUUCGAUUUACCUGCCGAGGACGUGCCGUGCUAUCAGUUCUGGCGAUAUCUCGGUUUCUGAUCUGUAUCUGAGAGUAGAGACAUACGAGUGCUGUGAUGGUUUUCUGAGGGACGGUAACUCCUGCUCAGAGGUCUGCCCAGCCUUGACUUACGGCCCUAACUGCUCCCUGUCCUGUUCGUGCCUGAACAACGGCGAGUGCAACCCGGUCAACGGCUCGUGUGAUUGUCAGCCGGGAUGGAUGGGUGGACACUGUGAGCGGACGUGCCCUAAUGGCCGCUAUGGUGACAGGUGUAUAACCACCUGUCAGUGCCAGAAUGAUGGCUCAUGUCACCCAGACACAGGUGGCUGCUUAUGUCCCAGCAAUUUCGCUGGCGAUUUUUGUGAGAUAAGCGCCGGUAGCGCUUUCCCCUGCGGCCUUUGCCACCAGGAAGGAAGCAUAGUCUGCGAUUUUAUCUCUGGUUUCUGUCGGUGUAACGACGGCUGGCGGGGACUGUAUUGUGCGCACACCUGCCAGAACCGCUCGUACGGGGACUUUUGCGAGGCAACUUGUCAGUGCAUCAACGCGGUAUCUUGCCUACCAGGGAACGGGAGUUGUGUCUGCCUGCCAGGGUGGUUAGGGGAGCAUUGCGACCAAAAGUGUCCCACGGGGUUCCAUGGCGACGGUUGUCAAACACGAUGUUUGUGCCCGGAUGAUGGUGGAUGCGAUCACGUGACCGGGAGCUGCGACAGUUGUCCUAGAGGAUGGAUGGGACAAUUGUGCACACUUCCAUGUGACGACGAUCACUGGGGCGAAAACUGCUCCCGAGACUGCAACUGCGCAGAAUCGCUGAACUGUGACCCCGUCUCCGGAACCUGUUUUGAUAUCGAAGGGCCUACAGACCGUAGCAUGGCAGCUCUUAGUGGCGGAGUGAUUGCAGCAAUUGUCGGCUCGGCUGUUCUGCUUUUGAUCCUUAUCACAAUCAUUGCAGUCGCAGUCAUCAGGUGCAGAUCUCGCCGAAAACCUAACUUGCCAAGACAGCACAAUGCACUGCAAGCCAAUGGAACAGUUAGCGGUCAUGUGGCUCAGACUAACACUCAUGGCCAGGCAAACGGCACCAUCAGAUACCAGGAAGAUAACAGACUGAGUUCAGCACCGGCCCCACUGCCCCGAGGUCCAGCCACCUUUCCCCGGGGUGUAGAUCCAGGUAACCCAUCGGACGGAUAUGAAACAAUGCGACAAGAUGCCCGAAUUACCUCCUCCACCUCCGAUCCUUACAUCGAGAUUUACGACGAGAUCCGGACUAGUCAGAUAGAUAACCCCGUCUACGCGGGAGUCGACGCCGAUGCAUACGAGGUACCAACACGCACGCUUGAACGCGAGAUGCAGUGACCGGAAUUGAAAAAUGCUCACCUAUGAAUCAUACUAUGAUACCGAGGUACAAAAAAACUAUGUCAUUGAUUAAGGCAAACUUAAGCCGCGUCCAACAUACUCAUGGCUACGGCUAGUAAAUACACAUGCCCUAUGGAAGCUGUCGAAGCCACUUCCCAUAGACAAGCGUGUAAAAGGCCUACUGCCGGCCGUAGCCAAGACUUUCGGACGUAGCCUGAAUUUAGUGCCCUCUCGUAUAAUAGCGUAAUGUAGGCAUACUCAGAAAAUGCUAAGAACUAGUAUAACUCUUCAAUUUGGAACGGGGCACGACAAGCUAGGCUACAGGGUGAGCCAAAAAAACCACCAAAAAAAACCAAAAAAACAAAAACAAACCCAAAUGGCAGGACCAAUUUUUGGAAUGAAGUUUUGCCUUUAGUAAUCACUGAUCUCUCUAUUAUCCUGACUAGAUAGCGGCCAUUUUGAAACUCCCUCAAAAGCCCACAACGCACGGAUCCGUAUAUAAAAAGCACAGAAUAACAAUAGUUUGGGAAGCAAUUUUGGAUCAUCGAACACGUUUUUAUUUAUUCGUUUUGCCCACAGUGUUAUUUUACUCAUGUUAAUAUUUGUUCAAAUACAUAAUUUUAUUUCGUGACUUUUAAUAUAUUUUUACGUGGCCAAAGGGAGUGUCAAAAUGGCGUCCAGUGACUUCACCCUCACGGCUGGAAGCGCUAUCCAGUCAAAAUAAUAGAGAUCAGUGAUAGCAGAGUACUUCAUUUGUCCGUCUGGGUGAGUGCCUCUGUUUUUGAAGUGCGCCAUCUCUUGACGCUUAAGUGUCGUUUCCCAUGCAGUGCUUGUACUUUUGCUUCAAUGAAAAGCGCCCUCUCUGAAAGCUGUAAAUUGCUUUUUAUGGCACGUGAUGUCUUUGCGCACGUUUUCGCAUUAAUCCCCGGUUUUGGCUAAUUAGACCAUGGCAAUCGAAUAAUUGGUUAAAACCCCGCUAUAAUAAGCGCGAUGUGUCGACACUCCACACCGACGCUUGGCACACAUUGGCUUGAUUUCGUCGGUGGUGGCGCUGUUCCUUUUGUCGCCGCAGUUUUGUAUCAUAUAGGCCUACUGUUCAGACAAAUUUGUAAACAAAACCAUAACUCUCUAGAAUUUAUCAAACACGGAAAUCAAUGAUUAUGUUUUUUUAUUCCAGAUGUUUACAAAAAAUAAAUGGAAUUAAGGGGAGGUUUAACUUAACGUCGGAAUUAUGACGUCUAACGAACCACUCGCCUGUCCUUCAGUAUAGCACUUGUUAUACGUAGAAACCGUACAACUUUGGAAAGGUUUUACUUUAAAAGACUGAGACGAAUCGAGGGUAAAGCCAUGCAGUGAAAGAAUACAAGUUGAAUAUUAAGUAACAGAGGCGGGGAACGCAACUUUAAUGUUCAUAUUUGCCUUCCUCGAAUUUUGAGCCGGUGUGGGUCGGGCCACUUUUUUUUUUUGGGGGGGGGAGGGGCACAGGUCUCAGGCAGGAAUGGGAUGGCACCUGCGGCCUGCCCCCUUGGUAAUGCCACUGGGUAAAGAUAUGUGACAAAUAACAUGAACAAACAACCUUAGUAUCCGUAUGAAACGAUUGUUGUUUUAAUAAGAGAGCAACCAUUAUACGCUUUAUCGUAAAUCAAAACUGUACAUAAAAAUCAUCUUUUAAAAUUCUAUGUAUCAAUUUGUUGAAAGACACUAAUAUAUGUUUACAAAUCCGUAUUGGUAAUAUUGAUUGGAUUUAUAUAUCUUAUAAUAAUAAUUCGUUUGAUAGUUGGAGCUAUAAAAUCAAAUGCGCAUGGCUUUAUAUAAGCGGAACCCGUUAUUAUUAUUUUGUCUUGUAUAGUUAAUAUCCUUUUGCAAUAUGACUGAAACAGUGGUGUGUAUUAGUAUGAUAGCGUUAAGAGACUGUGACGAUUCUAAUAUACCACCUUUUUGUGAUCAGCCGCAGUAAUAAAAUGUAAUUUGUUAAGAUAAACAUGUUCAACAUUAUACAAAAUCAGUACUAAUGAUA